GGAGGGCUGCAGGCUGGGAAAUGCAGAGCGAUCCCUGGGUGGACAAACAACCGGGCAGCUUCCAGGGUUUUGUGCAUCCACCUCCGCACCCCAAAGCAUCCUUUGCUAAGAAGUUGAUUCCCCAGUUAUCGUGGGAAGAUUUGCCACAAGUUGAGGGACGCAGACCUGAUCUCUUGCUCUUAAGGAGUGCGGGAGACAAAGGGAGAAGGAAGGCCUGGGGGAUGGGGCCCCUCUCAGCCAGAAGUGAUCCCUGCUGCCCUGGGCUGUGAAUGUCAGGAAUCUGAAAUGGUUGCUGGGGACUUUUCUCAAAAUCUGCAAUAGCUUUUGAACAGCCCCCCAACCCCUGCCAAUGGAAUGUAUAGAGAGGACCUAACUCCUACACACAUUCAAGUCCCAAAGGAGGGAAUGGCUUUUCCCUCUCCCAGGUGCCUGAAGCAGGAGCCACUAAGGGGACUGAGCCAGUGACAGGAGCUGAGUCUUGGAGUGGGGGGGAGCAAGGACCGGGCCACCCGGGGCGGCCAAGGCCCAGGGCAGCUGCUGGGCCUCUGCUCUCUUUGCGGAGGAGAAAGGCGUUCCCAAGAAUAUCCUUGGCAUUUGAGCCCCCCCUUCGCUUCCCUGGUGCUGGCUAAAGGAGGGUGUGAGGCUUUCACAAUCGCUGUGAGGUCAUGGGUGGGGUCGGCAGUGGCAGAGAUGCCAAGGUUGGUGGAAACCUGAUCCUGUAACACUAUCCUGCUGUUUUUAUAUCAGCCUGAUAAUCCCCUGGCACCAGAACCUCCCCCAUCCCAUCUCGUGACAUGCUGGCAGCGGCCCUGAAUCUCUCCAUGUUAGAAAAUAGGGAUGUGGCACAACCACAGGGGUCCCUGGGCCUGUGGGGAGAGCUCUCCAUUCCCAGUGUAGAACAGCAGGGGGCUGUGCUCUUGGCUAGGCGUCUCCCACUGAGGGGUGCAAGAGAGGCCAUCCAACAGGUGCUCUGAUGGGCAGUUUGCCAAAACUGCUGCCGCAGGGAAAGCCCUUGAAGCAGGGGUGAAAUGCUCCCAGUUCGGACCAGCUCGCCCGAUACGGUAGCGAUAGCGGUCAGUGGUUCAGAGAACCGGUAGCAAAAAUCCCUGGCCCCGCCCCCUGCCUCUGCUGAGCCGCACCUUCAUCAGAGGUUGUUUUUUUUUACUUUUAAAAGCAGUUUUUCUUAAGCCGAAAACAUGCCUUUAAAAGUUAAAAAAAAAAGCCUUUGAGGAUCCCGCAGCUCAGCUGAGAUCGUCAAAACCCUUUAAACUUUUUUUUUAACAACCUCUUCAGCCAAAAAGGUUGAAAAAAAAAGGUUUUAAAAGGCUCCUCUGGCGAUCCCAACUGAGUUUCUCAUCACCAGAACCUUAAAAAACAUGUUUUCUAUAAGCUCUUCAGCUGAAGAGCUUGUAGAAAGCUUCCUGUUGUGACUACGGCCCUCGAGCCUGUUCUCAUGGAGGAGAAUGAUUCGGAGAGUGAGGAAGAGGAGCCAGCAAGGCCUCCCUCGCCAGGACCCUCCUUGCUGGCAAUGCCCCAAGUUCCAGCUGCAGGCCAGGAGGAGGAGCUGACAAGGCCUCCCUCGCCAGGACCCUCCUUGCUGGCAAUGCCCCAAGUUCCAGCUGCAGGCCAGGAGGAGGAGCUGACAAGGCCUCCGUCUCCCGCACCUUCCUCCUCCCUGGCAACGCCUCAAGUGCCAGCUUCUGACAAUCAAUCCCAGAUUGAUCCAAGGCAGUGAAGUAAAAAUAAGCAUGCGCAACAGAGGAAAAGGUGUGGCAGGCUCAGAGAUUGCUGAGUCACUGAGCCACACCCCACAGGGUAUAAAAGUGGGUGGAGCUGCCAUGGGCCCAUGUGGCCCAUGGACAAAAAAGCCAUCAAGGUGCACUGCAGCUUGGUUGUUGGAGGGUUAACAGACUUUGUCAAUGAGUUUUGGCAAUGGACCUUGGAAACGAGAUAACGGACCCAGCACUUGGCAGGCCUUUGCACGGUCACUGCCUCGUAUUUCCUCAAUUGAAGAAAAUCAGGUCUGUAGCAAAUAAAAAGACUGGGAGACAUGCGUCUUGGUGUUUGCUCUGUGAAGUGGGGACGGGGACAGAACACCCCCUUUUAAGAGGUUCUGGGCUGCCAUGAAGCACUUACUGAAAUAACUGCUCCUUUCGGCUGGGAAAGCCAUGCUUUACAUCAGCUGCAUCAGCUAGCAAUUGAAUCUGCCUGCUUUGCUGGCUGAGGAACUCUAGGAAUUGAAGUCCACAAACCUUAAAGUUACUAAGGUUGGAGACCCCUGAUCUAAAAAAUAUGAAUAAAAUAAAAUAAUAAAAUAAAAUAUUUAUGCUGCUUUCUGAGAUUUGGUGUGUUUCUGUAGUGUCUCACUUUAACUACACAAGCACACAAAAUCUCACAAAGCUUUAUGUGGCAUUUUGUGUGUGUGUGAGAGUGUGAGUCAGUUGUGUUGUGUUGUGUUGUGUUGUGUGUGUGUAAAGUGUGAAAGUUGGUUUUUGAGCUUUUUGUGGCUGUGUGAGGUUCCUGCAUGUUGUAGGGGCCAUUUUGGGUGAAGUGCAGCUGCUUUUACAUUGUGUGUGAGUCAGUUGUGUGUGUGUAAAGUGUAAAAGUUUGGUUUUUGGAACCUCUUAUUGUUUUGUAUACUUUGUUUAUUAUUUUUAUUAUUUAUUGUUAUUGGCCACGCCCACCCAGUCAUCUGACCACCAAGCCACGCCACCAAUUAAGCCACGCCCACAGAACCAGUAGGGAAAAUGUUUAGAUUUCACCCCUGCCUUGAAGGGGUCCAAGCGGAGGGGGGCUUCUCCUUUUUACCUUCCUGACCGCCCCCCACCUUCCCUUCCACAGCAGCCCUGCAGUUUCCUGGCUUUUCUGCAGAAGCCUUUGGUGAAAAUGCUGGGCGCUGCAGGUAGCUCAGCCUCCCUGGCAGGCCUGACACGGACAAGGGGCGAGAAGCGUCCGGACCAUCUGCAGGGAGGGCCACCCAUCCUCCCCAGCUGUUCCCCGGCCAGGUCACUAGCUUGGGGUCCACAGUGGCCCGGCAGGUGGGAAGCACCCAGGAGAAUCCUUUCCUCUCUGCCCGGCAAUUCUUCUGGGGACCGAAUUGGGUGCAGGGCACGUUCUGCCCCAAGGCCCCAGGUGGGGAGGGGGUGGCCUGGCAGCGUUCCUGCCCAGGGCGAAAGUGUUAUGCAAGCAGGUGAUGCGGCUAUCAGAGACCGAAAGCCACCUCAGCUCCAACACCCAGCCUGCCUUUGGAGCCGCCCUGAGGGAUCAGGUUCCGCCAGGAGGGGACACGCCUUUCUCUCGGUCCCUGUGCCCAGGGCAUAAAAGCAGGCAUGGGAGGCGGGCACCUCCUUCUCCCAGCCAGGCCAAUCAGGAUUCCGACCAUGGAAGCCAGCGCAGCCAUGGUUCUCCUCCUGGCUCUCUGCCUUUCCUGCCUGUUCCUGCUCCUCCUCCUCCAAGGACGAUGGGAUACCAAGUCACGCCUGCCCCCCGGCCCUCGGCCCUUUCCCUUCAUCGGCAAUUUGCCUCACCUGGAUGCCAAGAACAUGAUCAAGUCCCUGCUGGAGCUCAGCAGGCAGUACGGCUCGCUCUUCACCAUCCACAUGGGGUCCCGGCCAGUGGUGGUGCUAUGUGGGUACCAGAUGGUGAAGGAGGCCCUGGUAGACCAAGGCGAGGAGUUCAGCGGCCGUGGAGACAUGCCAGUCUUGUUCCGAUUCACUCAGGGCAACGGCAUUGCCUUCUCCAAUGGGGAGAAGUGGAAGAUCCUGAGGCGGUUUGCCAUUCAGACCUUACGGGACUUCGGGAUGGGCAAGCGCAGCAUUGAGGAGCGAAUCCAGGAAGAGGCCCAGUGCCUGGUGAAGGAGCUGGCCAAGAGGACAGAGCCCUUUGACCCCACAUUCCUGCUUGGCUGCUCGGUCUCCAAUGUCAUCUGCUCCAUCGUCUUCGGAAAUCGCUUUGACUAUGAGGAUCAGCAAUUCCUGACCUUCAUCGGGCUGGUCAAUGACAACUUCCGCCUCUUCAGCUCUCCUUGUGCCCAGAUGUACAACAUUUUCCCCCACAUCAUGUAUUACCUGCCUGGACCGCACAACCAGAUAUUUGCCAACUUUGAGAAGCUGCGGGCCCUGGUGAAGGAGAUGGCCAAGGCCCACCAGGCCAGCCUGGACCCUAGCUGCCCACGCGAUUUUAUAGACAGCUUCCUCCUGAAGAUGGAGCAGGAGAAGGGAGACUCCCGCAGCUUCUUCCACACCGACACUUUGAUCAUGACCACCCACAACCUCUUCUUUGCGGGCACCGAGACCAUCAGCACCACCCUUCGCUACGCCAUCCUCAUUCUCAUGAAGUUUCCCGAAGUUGCUGCCAAGGUGCAGGAGGAGAUCGCAAAGGUCAUUGGCUCAGAGCGCCUGCCCUCCGUUGCUGACCGAGCAAAGAUGCCCUACACAGAGGCCGUCAUCCAUGAGGUCCAGAGGUUCGCCGACAUCAUCCCCAUGGGUAUCCCCCAUGCCCUGACCAAGGACACCCAUUUCCGGGGCUUCUUCUUUCCCGAGGGCACCAACGUCCUGCCUUUCUUCCACUCCGUGCACCAAGAUCCCAGCCAGUUCAAGAACCCAGAAAUGUUUGACCCUGGGCACUUCCUGGACGAGGAGGGGGCCUUCCGCCGCUCCAACGCCUUCAUGCCCUUCUCCGCUGGGAAGCGGCUGUGCCUGGGCGAGGCCUUGGCGCGCAUGGAGCUUUUCCUCUUCCUGACCGCCCUCCUGCAGCGCUUCUCCUUCCAGCCCAGCUGCCCCCGCGACCAGCUCGACCUCUCGCCCCUCGCCAGCGGCAUCGGGAACGUGCCUCGGCCCUACACCUGCCGCCCGCUCGCCCGCUGAUGCCGCCGUUGCUGCCGGGGGGCAGCGGGGGGGGGGGCGCAGGAGGAGCUCAGGGUCCAGCCUGCCCUCCGGAGCGGAGCGGGAGCGGCGGGGCUGCAGGAGAGCGGUGAUGAUGGGGCUUCCCUGGGCGCGCAGGUUGCUGGGUUCCGCUUAAUGGCUUGACUCCACCCGGUGAGGCGGUAGCUGGGCGGGCGGCGGCAGGAGCGCGGAGCCCCCAAGGGCCGGCCUGCCCCCUUCCGCUCGCCAGCGCCGCAGCGGGAGCGAAAGUGCCGCCUCUCCAGCCCUGAAUCCGACUCGAGGCCUCGGGUUUCAGGGCUGCGGAACCGAGGAACCGCCUAGCGCUUUAAUCCGGGUAAGCUUUUGCACCUGAGACGAUUUCACGAGGCACCAAAUGCAGACAGAAAGGAAAAACCCGCCGGAGUGAACACCUGCCGUAAACCGUGUAAUAAAAGGCUGGAAUGCCGUUGCUGAAUUGUGCUAAUCCAGAGCCGCCCAACCCUCCAUCUAAUAGGCCGUUGAGAGCCCUUUGUGCCUGUUACCAGAUGCUGUUUUUCAGGCCCCGUGGGUGAGGCUGAAAGGUGAUAACUUGCAGAGGGACAACAAAAAAUAAGAAAUAUUCUUAUGCAAAAAUUGAAUUGCACAGUACAAAUGUUUUCAAAGGUUACUUCCAAGUCAGUGAAGUGACAUUGGCAUAUUUUUAUGUUAAAACACCGACAGUUUUCAGAACCUCUGGAAAA